AUUGCCCAAAAGAAAAAGAAAAAAAAAAAGACAAAGACAAAGCUAUCUCGUUCACAUGGUCUCAUAAUCUUCUUCUUCCUUCAUCCUCUUUCCAUCGCCGCUUCGUCUUCCUCCUCCCAGAAAAUUCUCAUAUCCAUUUCCCGAGAAAACCCAUUUCAGAUUAUCAUCUCACCAGACACACACAUCUCUCGGCGAUUAAAGAUCUCGAUUCCAAGAGGUAGACACGUCUCGUGUUCUACCCUAUAAUCCCUAGGGCAUUUUUGUAAAAUUAUAUACACAAAAUAUUGUAUCUUUCUGUGUGCAUUGAAACUCAUGACCGGUUUAAAGUUGUAAUCUUUAUUUUGGAAUCUUCUUUUUUUUUUGCUUCUUACGAGUUAUUGCCAUGGAGAAGCUAAAGGGAAAGUUAGAAGAACCAGAAACAAGCCAAAGUCAAUCAUCAGACGAUCCAAAUCUCGAACCUUUAGAUUACAUCUCAAAGGCACAAUCAUUAAAAGAAGCAGGUAACAAGCUCUUUCAACGAAGAGAUUACGAUAAUGCAAUGCUUAAAUACAGAGAAGCUAUAGAUUCACUCCCUGAGAAUCAUGUAGAGGUUUCUCACAUUCGGUCCAACAUGGCUUCAUGUUACAUGCAUUCUGAUCCUGGAGAGUAUGCAAAAGCUAUCCAUGAAUGUGAUUUGGCACUUAACAUCACUCCUGAUUACACCAAGGCUUUGUUGAAGAGAGCUAGAUGCUAUGAGGCGUUGAAUAAGUUGGAUUUGGCGUUGAGAGAUGUUUGUUUGGUUUCUGAUUUGGAUCCUAAUAACCCCAUGGCGUCUGAGAUUGCUGUGAAGCUUAAGAGGACUUUGGAAGGGAAAGGGUUGAUGGUUAAAGAUUCGGUGAUUGAGUUGCCUCCUGAUUAUGUUGAGCCUGUUGCUGCUCACCUUGCGUUGUGGGCUAAAAAGGGUAAGGCGAGAGUGAAGAAAAAGAACAGGAGUAGUAGUCAAGUGCAAGAGAAGAGUGAUGAUGUUGAGAAUGCUGAGUCAGAGAAGAAGAACAACAACAAUCUUAUAGAUGUAAAGGGCAAAGAAAAGAUUGUUGAUAAGAGCAAGGAGCAAGAGGAAGUUAUAAUUGAGGAUAAAAGUAUUGGAGAUGUGAAGAAGACUGUGAAAUUUGUUUAUUCUCAUGAUGUUAGAUUGGCUGAACUGCCUUUGAAUUGCACUCUGUUUCACCUUAGGGAAGUGGUUCAUGAGCGUUUCCCUAGCUUGAGAGCAGUUCAUAUAAAGUACAAGGACCAAGAAGGAGAUUUGGUGACAAUCACAACAGAUGAAGAGCUGAGGAUGAGUGAGGUGUCAUCCAAGGACACUAAGAGGAUGAGGUUCUAUGUGGUGGAAGUUAGUCCUGAGCAGGAUCCCUUUUUCGGAAGAUUAGUUGAGAUGAAAAAGCUCAAGAUAACAACUGAUUCUUUCAAAGCAAAGGCAAAUGGUAAAGGUAGGUGUAAGAUUGAAGAUUGGAUGGUUGAGUUUGCUCGGCUUUUUAAGAUCCAAGCUAAUGUUGAUUCUGAGACAUGCUUGAACCUUCAAGAGCUUGGGAUGAAACUGAACUCAGAAGCUAUGGAGGAGGUUGUAACAUCUGAUGAAGCUCAAGGGCCUUUUGAUAAAGCAGCUCAACAGUUCCAAGAAUUGGUAGCAAGAUCUUUGGUAAAGCUGGGACAUGUUCACAUGUCAGGUGCAAGGAAAAAGUUAAGCCUCAUACGAGGUGUGUCUGGAGAAUCAGGUUCAGAACAUGUUAAAACUGCUUAUGAAUGUGCUCAGAAGGAGCAUGCAAAAGCAAAAGAGAAGUACGAAGAGGCUAUGAAAAUAAAACCUGAUCUGCUUGAAGUGUUUCUAGCGCUAGGUCUUCAACAAUUUGAGGAAGCAAGACUCUCAUGGUACUAUGUACUUCUCAGCCACCUUGAUUUGAAAACAUGGCCUCAUGCAGAUGUAGUACAGCUUUAUCAAAGCGCCAAAAGCAAUAUCAAAAAGUCUAUGGAAGGGUUGAAAAGUUCGGAAUCAAAAGUUCUAGGUUCAGCAGAUAAAGCAGCAAAGUUGAAAUCUUGGCUAGAUGUUUUAUCAUGUGCUGUGCUUUACGAGAGAUCAAUGAUGGAGUACAAACUUGACCUACCAACGUGGCAGGAGAAUUUAGAAGGCGCAGUAGUGAUACUUGAGUUAGCUGGAACUUGUGAGGAGGAUGUUGCUGCGUUGAUAAGGGACGAUUAUGUGACAGACAAUACUUUACGAGAUCUAAGGUUUCACGUGGACGAGGUACUACAGAUAUUUCACGAGAUAUAUGAAGCAAAAGAAUGGAGAAAUGGGAUCCCUUCAGACCAGUUUGAGGAGAUAUUAAAGAGGAGGAUUGGAAAUAUAUUUCAUGUAACAUAUACUACAUGAUAAAAGUUGGCACACAAUGACUUUGGUCAUUGUCUUGAUCAAGCUUCAUUUUCAAGGUUUUGUCUUGCGGUACAAGAGGAUUUCAGAUUCAGAUUUUUGUAGACAGGAAGUAACAUAUUUACAUAUAUGUUCUGUUUUGUUUGUGUAACAUUCUUACAAUUGAUUUGGCGACUAGUGAAGCAAAUAGCUUGCAGUUCUUUUUUUCGGUCACCCGGUGAGCUGUGACUUUAUUCGUUGGUUUUUGACUUAGAUCUCAUUUGGCGUGUAACAUUCAUACAUAAAACAAAAUUAUUUCCUUUUUUAGACCUCUACAAGAUUUUGGUUCAGAGUUGUUCAGAGUCUGUAAUGAUGUGUGUUUUGACGAUUAAUUUGCAUUUGG